UCAACAGCAACUCCAAAACACACCAACUUGGUUUUGGAGUUUCUCAAAUUAAAUAAAGAGAAAAACAAUUAAAAAACAAACAUGGGUUUGAGAAACUCCUAUGUUCUGUGCAUGGCACUUAUGUUGUCUUUCUCUUCAAUUAACUGUUUUGACAUAACAAAAAUUCUAGGACAAAACCCAGAAUUCUCCACUUUCAACAAAUACCUAACGGAAACCAAGUUGGCUGAACAAAUCAACGCUGCUAAAGCCGUUACAGUUCUCGCCCUCGAUAAUACCGAUAUCGCUCCUCUCGCUGGUAAAUCACUCGACGCCAUUAAAACCGUUAUUGGGACCCACAUUGUAACCGAUUUCUACGAUGAGAAGAAACUCGUUGAAGCCAUUGGAAGCCAUGCAGAAUUGGCUACACUUUCACCGGCUUCCGGCUUAGCCGCUAAGAUCUACGUGGCACUUAUUAAUGAAGGUGAGGUGGCAUUUAGUUCCGCUGUUGCGGGUUCAACUUUUGAUACUAAGCUUGUUAAAACCGUUACGACCGAAGCUGGAGUCGUAUCGGUUCUUCAGGUUACGCAACCUAUUGUUAAGGUUGCUGAUUCAGCUCCGGCGUUAUCAACGCCGGUGCUUGCUUCCGGUGCUGCUGCCAAGGUUGCUUCACCCACCGCGUCUGUUGAGGCACCUAAGAGUCAGGCUGCUGGUGCACCUGCUCCUAGUGCUUCUUCUCGUACCACCUUUGGGUUUAUUGGUGUUGUCAUGGCUUUUGCUUCCAUUUUUGUUUCUUUGUAAGCGUGAUGUUGAUGGAUUUCUAGGGAAGAAGUGAUUUGAUAUUAAUUGAAAGGGAUAAUUAACUCUGAUGAGUUGAUUUUUGUUGUAACACAGAAGAAAAAAUUAUAGUAACAGUGUUGAUUUGUGUUUGUGGAA